AUGCCAGGCUUCAAUGUUAAGCUAAACUGCCAGCCCGAUCAAAAUGUGAUGCAUACCUGGCAUUGCGGCUUCCCUAAUGCAUUGGACAAUGACAAGCUGCAAGAAGACUACUUGAAGUACGAUUCCAUGCUGCUGUUGGCAGGAUCUCAAGUUGACCUUGCUCCCAGUGACUUAGUGACUCACCGAGAAGUUCUAAUGAUGCGGGUGGUUAACACCAUUACCGAUAAACCCCAAUGGGAUCAGAAGGUCUUUGACAAGGACAUCACGACGAAAUGGCAUGACGAGAUCGCCCAAAGUGGUCAAGAUGUGACCUCUAAGAUGAUGGAAUGGAUUCUCAAAGAACUCCAAUGGAAAGCUAAAAUUUUUAAAGAAACGGGCUAUGUCCGUGUCUUUGAUGUGGGCGUGAUCAAGUCCGAUACCGCUGUGUCAAAAGAGAUACAACGGUCACUCAAAGUGGCUGUGAAACCUCUCGAGAAUGUUGCGGAAAAGGAUUUCCACCCCGGCUCGGAUAGUAAAGUAGUUGAUCUAGUGCAUCCGUCACUGUUCCCCGUGAUCUACGGCCAAACUCGCGUGCUUCCGGACAGAAUUAUUGGCCUUGAUGACUGUUUAGGAAGCGUGGGACAAGGAGAUCUUGUACCCGUUCCUUCGAGUCAAAAUUGUGGCCCAGUUUUGAAUGGCAGGCAUCAAUACCAUCGCGAAGAUCAAAUGUUUGUCUUCAGUGAUAAGUUUCAAUGGCUCCCGUGCGACGUGGAAAUCGUUGAUGACGCUAGCUGUCGAAUCUUGUCAUACAUCAACAACGCCCAUCCUGUUCACCACAAGCCUCUCUAUGAUGUCAUUGAGAAAAUUAUCGCUCGGACAAUCCCGCUCUGGAAUCGCAGUUUGUCCGUAAUCUUUGAUCCAAGAAUUAAGUACACCGGGGUCGAAUAUGGUGAACAUUCAGAUCCUGAGCCUGUCCAGCCAGAGGGCGAUGAUUAUGACGUAGAUGAGUUUUGGGAACUUCAUUAUCAGUGGGAGAGUACCCGUCCUAUCAUUCCCCCUGAGCCAGCCAGCUUUGAACCGCGAAAAGAAAUGGUUAGAGUUGAUUUGCGAAAGCAAUUUCCCGACACAAAGCUGCAGAUUAUCAUAAAGCUGGCGAACAUUGAAUUGAGCCCAGACAAGCCGGAGUAUGAAGGAGGUUCUUGGCACAUUGAGGGACAGUUGAACGAGCGCAUCUGUGCUACCGCAAUCUACUACUAUGACAGCGAAAACAUAACUGAUAACUCCUUGGCAUUUCGUCAACGUGGCAUGAUGGACAUGCAAGAUAUUGGAUACGAACAAGGGCAGUUCGCAUUCUUGCAGGCCGUCUUUGGCUUUGGUGAGGAUGUCGACGGCAACGGGUAUAAUCGCGAUAUCACACAAGACCUUGGAGCUGUCGCUUGCAAAGAAGGUCGGCUACUUACUUUCCCGAACACUGUUCAGCACCGGGUUUCCCCAUUCUCGCUCGUCGACCAAUCUAAGCCCGGCCAUCGUAAGAUCCUCGCGCUAUUCCUGGUUGAUCCCCACCGUCGGAUUAUCUCCUCAGCCAAUGUGCCCCCGCAGCAGGAGGAUUGGGGUUUCGAGAGACAAAAUGCUGUGAAACAGGCUUUAGCACGUCUACCAGUGGAGCUACAGAAUAUCGUUCAAGAUGACUUGGACCCCGUUUUGACCUUGGAGAAGGCCAAAGAGUAUCGGUUAGAACUCAUGAAAGAGCGCGGAUACAGAUCAGGAAAAAACUAUCAGCAGUUUGAGGCCGGUGACUUCUAUCUGUGUGAGCAUUAA